CCAAGAACUUCCGCACACGUUGGCAAUCUAACUAGUUUCAUGUUCUGCAAUGUCCGAUCCGGAGGACUACACUGUGGGUUGGAUUUGUGCCAUCAUCGCCGAAUAUGUCGCUGCCCAAGCAUUUCUCGAUGAAAAGCAUCACGGCGCCUUGUCGUUGCCUCCUCAUAACAAAAAUGACUACACCCUGGGCAGGAUUGGAAAACACAAUGUGGUUAUCUCUGUUCUACCUAUAGGAGAGUAUGGCACUUCAUCGGCAUCACGUGUGGCAGAAGACAUGAUAUCUAGCUUCCCCAAUAUCCGCGUUGGCCUGAUGGUCGGCAUCGGCGGUGGUGCACCCAGCCCAAAACAUGAUAUCCGUCUGGGAGAUAUUGUUGUCAGCAUUCCUCACAAUGGCUUAGGUGGUGUUAUUCAGUACGACUUUGGCAAGACGGUACAGGGGCAAUGUUUUCAGCUUACGGGUUUUCUUGACCAGCCACCAACUGUCCUACGUGCAGCAGUAAACGGACUCAGGGCUCAAUAUGAGAGCGAAGGCCAUCAGCUUGAAGUUGCGGUUCGCAAGGUCUUCGAGACGAAACCACGGCUGCAAAAAAGAUAUGGUCGUCCGGAUCCUGCCAGUGAUCGGCUCUACCAAAGUCACAUUAUCCACCCCGCAGAUGGUGAAGGACCUUGCACUAUAAGUUGCGGAGAUGGUAUAUCUUGCCUAGUUUCACGUGUUUCACGCGCUGAGGACGAUGAUAAUCUCGUGAUUCAUUAUGGUUUGAUAGCAUCAGCCAACCAACUUAUGAAAGAUGCCUCGGUUCGAGACAAAUUAGCGGCGCAAAACGACGUUCUGUGUUUCGAAAUGGAAGCGGCUGGGCUGAUGAACCACUUUCCAUGCCUUGUGAUCCGCGGUAUCUGCGACUACGCUGAUUCGCACAAGAACAACAGCUGGCAGGGUUAUGCGGCAAUGAUCGCAGCAGCGUAUGCUAGGGAUCUUUUAUAUCGACUUGUCCCGCAGCACGUGGAGCUGGAGGAGAGGAUUGUCAAUUUUCUCAAUCAAGGAGAUCGUGAUAUGAAUAUCAGCUUUGGAGGCCACAACUCUGGCAUCCAACUCGGUGUGAAUAAUGGUCCGAUCAGCGAAAUCAAGUUUGGGGCUAAGUGAUAAACCUUCCUUAUACUACACCAUCAGAAUACUCUAGUCCCUACUAGUGCCCAACGCGCGCCGAAACUACUCCGUAUUGCCGCAACUUUCCAUGCAAUUAGGGUUCGUGCGUGCGAUGCCGAAAAUAGAAAACUAUCCCACUAUAGUUUUGUUAGGGGACGAAGUGCUAUUGUCCAACUAAGCCAUGCCGUAAAUAUAAGAAGAGUUUAUGAGGAGAGAAAUAGAAGAGAAGGAAAGAAAGGACCUAGU